AUUUGUUGAACGAUUGGUCGGCCCUUUCUCGAGCUCUUGUUCAUAAAUUUUACGUUUAUUUGUAUAAUAUGUGGCUCUUAUCGGAUACCAGCUGAGAGUAUUCAAGCUUGUUUAUCCACAUACAAUUUGCGAUGUUAAGAUGAUUCCAUUAAAAGACAACCAGGAUGUGGCAUCAUUCCUUGUCACCAAGCACUCAUGGAGGGGGAAGUACAAGCGAGUCUUCUCCAUCGGCACUCACGGUAUUACCACAUACAACCCCGACUGUUUGGAGGUGACCAACAAAUGGCUGUAUGCGGAUGUAGUCACUAUUGCAUCUGCAAAACAUUCAAAUUCGACCGCCAAUCAUGACUUCACACUUGUCAUGAAAAAAGAAAAGAAAGUAGAUUCAAUGAAGUUUUCUUCGGAACACAAAUGUUUGAUUCUCACUGAGGCUUUCAAAUACAGACAUGCAUUCGCUGAAAAACCUAAGGACAUUUAUAGAUACCAAGCAUACAAACACCAUUGGAGCGGGACUCGCCUGCCAGUAGUACUAGAAGUUGGUCCCUGUGCACUGGAACAGCUGGACCCGUCCACACACACAUUACUCGCCAGCUACCCGUACUGUGAUGUGCAAGGAAUACUACCAGUUCGAGACGUGCCAGGCGGCUUCGUCCUCGCCGUUGGAGGCUACAGCAGACUCCACCUCUUUUCCAACGCCAUGGACCAUCAGAUCAUCAUUAACAAAAUGCUGGAGAUGGCAAGCCUGACUCUAAGCAUCAGCAUCAAAGUGUUGUCCACAAUGAUCACAUUAGACGAUUAUCAUGACCAGAGAUUUGGAAAGUACAGUGGUGACCAACAUCAGACCUCUCUAAGCGAAUUUAUAGUCCACAAAGUGAACCCGGCUCGUCACAUGGAGCCGAUGCGACGGACACUCUGCCUCUCUGACACCUGCAUACUAGAGAGGGAUCCACAGACGUACUCUGUGGUAUGCCUUCGUCCAUUGAGCGAUGUAUUCGCGUUAGUUCGCGACACGGAACAUCCACAAAAGUUCUCCAUCGAAUAUCUUAAUGGACAAACACGCACAUAUUUAGCAGGAGAGAGGGACGCGUUAUUAGCAUCGUUGCUAGACGGCGUAAGGUCCGCUGGCCAGCGCGACGUUCACGUCCGCUCAGUACCGACUCCUCGCGGCUACCGACUGGGACCUUUACACCAACCUGUCGACGAGGAGACUGAGUCCAAUCACCUCAGAUUAUUCCAGAAUCCCGUUGGUAUGUCGCGCGCCGAGGUGAUAGAAAGAUUCAACGCCAAUGUCGGCUACAGCGGCCUUAUAUACUCCGUCAGCCAAGACGCCCGUCCCCUGUUGUGGCUGUUUCUUACGUGGGAUCUUCGUCUGUUCGCGGAGAACAAGGAGAAGUUGAUCACGGGCGCGCUGUCCGCGCUGGUCAGCAGUGCGCCGUCCGGCAGCAACUUAACGCCCCGGGAACUCGAGGCACAGUUCCACGCGCUGCGACGACUUUGUGCUAGCAAAGUUGGAUUCGCUGCGUUUACUGCGUUACCUGGUUUCCGCGAGUGGACGGGCACGGCGACGGUGGCGGCCCUGCGGCGCGGGUCGGCGGCGUGCGCGCACGCGGCGCUGGACGCGGUGUGCGCGCUGCUGCAGCCCAUGCACGCCGAGCCCGACCUGCGCCAGGAACAACUCAACAAGGCCAGCAUGCUGUCCUCCGCCACCUUCCUCGAGGGGCUGCUCACCAUGUGGGCUGACCAUGUCACUAGUGGCAGCGGUGCCCUAGUAGUGGCGGCCAUGUUGGACUUCCUGACGUUUGCCCUGUGCGUGCCGUACAGUGAGACCACGGACGGGAAGCAGUUCGACCAGCUACUGGAAAUGGUCUCCAAGAGAGGACGGGUGCUGUUUAAACUAUUCGAGCACCCAUCGAUGGCGAUAGUGAAGGGCGCGGGCCUAGUAAUGCGCGCGCUGGUGGAGGAGGGCAGCGCGGCCGUGGGGGGCCGCAUGCAGGGCCUGGCGCUGGCCGAGGCCGCCCUGCCGCGACAUCUGCUGGCCGCGCUGUACGCGCCGCCCCGCCUCCAGCACAGACAUCUCGCCAGGCAUCUCGUCGCUCUAUGGCUGGUUGACCAUGCGCCCGCGCAUUGUCUGCUGAGACGGAUUAUGCCGUCAGGUCUGCUAGCAUUCCUGGAAUCCGCGGACGUGCCUCCGGCGGUGGAGGCGGAGGUGGAGCCCGAGCGCGACAACUUGUCGCUGGCGCAGGCGAGCGUCAAGCCCCGCGCGCAGCACUGGGAGGCGCUCGAGAGACAGGUCAAAUAUGUUGAGAAACAUUUGGAGCACUACGCCCAACUAGCCCUCCAACAUUGGGCCGCUCGACUGGGUCGCCCGGCGGCGGAGCGCAGGGACGCGACGCGGGAACGACCCGUCGUACUGCGGAGACGAAGGGAGAGAGUCAAGUCUACUGCCAACUGGCCACUCUUCUACUACCAGUUCCAUAAGGACCAUGCUCUGCCUAACCUCAUAUGGAAUCAUACUACUCGAGAAGAACUUCGCAACGCUUUAGAAAACGAACUGCGAGCGUUUACAUCAGACAGAGAAGUGGCGGGUACGACCCUGACAUCGUGGAACCACGCAGAGCUGGAGGUCCACUACCAGUGUCUGCAGAACGAGGUCAAAAUCGGAGACUACUACCUUAGGAUACUGCUGGAACAGAGAGACAAUGAUGACAGUCCAAUUAGGAAAUCCUACGAGUUCUUUAACGACCUAUACCACCGUUUCCUAUCGACACCUAAAAUAGAGAUGAAGUGUAUGUGUCUACAAGCAAUGAGCAUUGUCUACGGACGGUACUUUGAAGACAUUGGACCCUUUGCAGACACCAAGUAUAUCGUGCAAAUGUUGGAUAGGACAUGUGAUAGAAUGGAAAGAGAUAGAUUAGUUCAGUUCUUAUCGAAAUUAAUAUUACACAGAAGAAAUGUUAGCGAUAUUUUAGAAUGGAAUGGUAUUAGGAUCCUAGUAGAACUGAUGACAUUAGCACACUUACAUACGUCUAGAGCCACAGUACCGGCACAGAGCAACGUUAUAGAAGGGCCUCAGCAACAGACUGGUGGGGACAGGGAGUGGUAUUAUAAUGUCGAUCAAGGGGAUAAAGUACAGAGGAAGGGACCUGUUAGCUUCCAACAGUUGAAAGACUUAUACAAAUCGGGUGAGAUAAACAACAAGACUAAGGCGUGGGCUAAUAGUAUGGAAGGUUGGCGUGCAGUGGGUGGAGUGGCCCAGCUCAAGUGGACACUGGCCGCGAGGGGAACUGCGGUAUAUGAUGAAAGUGCAUUGGCUGCCACUGUAUUGGAUCUGCUUAUUACCUGCGCCAGAUAUUAUCCUAGCAGAGAUGAAGAGGAUGCAGUAAUAAGGCCGCUACCAAAAGUAAAGCGCAUGUUAUCGGAACCAGCUUGUCUAGCACACGUUGUGCAGCUGUUACUCACAUUUGAUCCAAUACUCGUCGAAAAGGUAGCUACCCUCCUGUACGAAGUGAUGCAAGAUAAUCCUGAAAUAUCGAAACUAUAUUUGACCGGAGUAUUUUACUUCAUGUUGCUAUACACAGGAUCAAACUUGUUACCCAUCGCUAGGUUCCUUAGAUUGACUCAUAUGAAACAAGCAUUCAGAGCUGACCAGUCGAGUUCAGAUAUAAUGCAGAGGUCGAUAUUAGGCCAAUUACUGCCAGAAGCGAUGGUUUGUUACUUAGAAAACCACGGCGCUGAGAAAUUCGCGCAGAUCUUCCUCGGAGAGUGGGACACGCCUGAGGCUAUAUGGAACUCUGAAAUGAGACGGAUGCUAAUAAUGAAGGUAUCAGCCCACAUCGGAGAGUUCACCCCCCGCCUCCGCGCGCACGUGGCGGCCCGCUACCCGUACCUCGCCAUCCCCGCAGUCUGCUACCCACAGCUACAACACGAACUGUUCUGCAACAUGUUCUAUCUGCGACAUCUCUGUGAUACUCAGAAGUUCCCCGAUUGGCCUAUUCCUGAUCCUGUUGGUCUUCUCAAAGACGUAUUAGAAGCGUGGCGACGUGAGGUGGAGAAGAAACCGCCUUCAAUGACAGCGGGCGAGGCGUACGCCGCCCUGGGCCUGACUACUGGACAACAUGACGAGGCCGCAGUGCGCAAAGCUUACUAUAGACUUGCGCAACAAUACCAUCCUGAUAAGAAUCCUGAAGGACGGGAUCGCUUCGAAGCUGUAAAUCAAGCCUACGAGUUUCUAUGCAGUCGUAACGUAUGGACCGGUGACGGACCUAACACCAACAAUAUUGUUCUCAUACUCAGAACACAGACUAUACUCUUCCAGAGAUACUCUGAAGUGCUGGCGCCGUACAAGUACGCGGGGUACGGCGCGCUGCUGCGCACGGCGCGGCUGGAGGCGGCGGCCGACCAGCUGUUCGCGGAGCGCGACGCCGCGCCGCUGCUGCCCGCCGCCUGCGAGCUCGCGCACGCCACCGUGCGCUGCUCCGCGCUCAACGCGGAGGAACUGCGCCGGGAGGGGGGCCUGCAGGUCCUCCACGAAGCCAUGUCUCGCUGCGUCCCGGUACUGUCGAGCGCGCGUGGCCCGGCCGAUAUAUCCGCGCAGGUAUGUGCGCACGUGGCGCGCUGCUUCGCCGUGGCCGCGACGUUCCCCGCCUGCCGCGCCCUCUGUGCUGAGAUGCCGCAACUAUGCGUCGAUCUAGUACCACUGCUCAAGAGACCUAACCUGGGCGAGACGGCGUGCGCGGGCGCGGCGGCGGUGGGCGCGCUGGCGGCGGAGGCGACGUGCCGCGCGCAGUUGUCGCGGGCGGGCGCGCUGCAGGCGCUGCUGCCGGCCGCGCUGCGGUACGACUACACGCUCGCAGAGUCCGGGCUCGACACCGACACGCAGCUCAGCAAACAGGAGGUAGCAAAUCAACUAGCGAAGCAGUGCGUAGUAGCGCUAGCGGCGAUGUACGGGCCCCACACUACUGCGUCACCGCUGGACGAGAACAUUGCGAACUCCUUACAUUUGUUACUUACGCCCUAUCUAUGUGGGAGACUCGCGGAACCUGAUCAACAUGAGCUCCUAAAAACAUUAACAUCGAAUUGGCGCACGCCAUACCUAGUUUGGGACAACAGUACUCGCGCAGAACUGAAGGACGUGCUGCGCAAAUCACGCCCUCUGAUGGAAGACGAAGGACCUAUCAUAGAGCCCUUUACAUACUCCGCUCAUGAAGGACUUGUGUCGGUCGGAGGGGUGUAUAUAGACAUCUAUAAUGAACAGCCUGACUUCCCUAUUGAGAAUCCACAGCAAUUCAUCCUGGAACUACUGAAGUUCAUUCAGGAAGAGACUCAAAACGACAUGACUGGGGACAGAGUGCAACAUGUCACAUAUGCAUUGACUGCACUCGCUAAUGUUAUCAUCAAGAACCCGGGUACGGAGAUCCAAUGCAUCGGUCAGUUCGGUCUGAUCUUCGGGUUACUGUCAGCUCGAGCUCACCCCCAGCUACAGGAAGGAGCCCUCCGAGUAGUGGGCAGUGCCGGGGCGCGGCGCGAGUGCGUGGAGGACGUGGCGGCCAGUGCCGUGCUGGGCCACCUGCUCGCGCUGCUGGCCGAGCGGCCGCCGCGCCCGGCCACAUUGACUGCACUCGCGGCUCUACUCGCUAAUACUGCUAUUGUUAGGGAGGCGCUCAACAAAGGUGCUGUGAUAUACUUGCUAGAUCUGUUUUGCAAUAGUAAGCUGCCUGAGACGAGAGAGGCGGCAGUCGAACUGCUAGCCAGAAUGAUGUCAGACAAAUUACAUGGACCAAAGGUCCGUCUAACAAUAUCUCGUUACAUUCCGGGCGUAUUUGCGGAAGCGAUGCGCGAGUCUAGUGCGUCGAAUGCGGUACACAUGUUCGAUGCUCAGCACGAACACCCUGAGCUCGUGUGGACUGAUGAUACGAGACGUAGACUUGCUACACACAUCGCGCAGCUGAGAGACAGACACCAAUCAGACCAGCUUCGUUCUCCAAACGCGGCGUUCGAGGACCGGGAAACAUUAGAACGUGCGGCCACAGGCGAGCAAACAUGGGCGCCGCCUGGCGAGGUCGUGGUAGACGGGGUGUAUCUCAAGUUGUAUCUACAGAACCCACACUGGAACCUGCGGAGCCCUAAACGAUUCCUCCAGGAGCUGUUGACUGAAACCAUCGCCGCAGUGAAUAAGGAUUCGUCAGAGGGUAGUCGCGGCGAGACAUGCGCGUUGGCCCUGAGCGCGGCACUACGCGCGCGGCCGGCACUGGGCGAGCUUUGCGCGCAGUUGGGGGAGGUGCCGCGACUGGCGCGGCUACUCACGCACGCGCCCAGGCUGGCACUGCCCGUACUAGCUGCCCUGGCGCCGACACAGGUAACAUACAGUGCCGCGACUGGCGCGGCUACUCACGCACGCGCCCAGGCUGGCACUGCCCGUACUAGCUGCCCUGGCGCCGACACAGGUAACAUACAGUGCCGCGACUGGCGCGGCUACUCACGCACGCGCCCAGGCUGGCACUGCCCGUACUAGCUGCCCUGGCGCCGACACAGGUAACAUACAGUGCCGCGACUGGCGCGGCUACUCACGCACGCGCCCAGGCUGGCACUGCCCGUACUAGCUGCCCUGGCGCCGACACAGGUAACAUACAGUGCCGCGACUGGCGCGGCUACUCACGCACGCGCCCAGGCUGGCACUGCCCGUACUAGCUGCCCUGGCGCCGACACAGGUAACAUACAGUGCCGCGACUGGCGCGGCUACUCACGCACGCGCCCAGGCUGGCACUGCCCGUACUAGCUGCCCUGGCGCCGACACAGGUAACAUACAGUGCCGCGACUGGCGCGGCUACUCACGCACGCGCCCAGGCUGGCACUGCCCGUACUAGCUGCCCUGGCGCCGACACAGGUAACAUACAGUGCCGCGACUGGCGCGGCUACUCACGCACGCGCCCAGGCUGGCACUGCCCGUACUAGCUGCCCUGGCGCCGACACAGGUAACAUACAGUGCCGCGACUGGCGCGGCUACUCACGCACGCGCCCAGGCUGGCACUGCCCGUACUAGCUGCCCUGGCGCCGACACAGGUAACAUACAGUGCCGCGACUGGCGCGGCUACUCACGCACGCGCCCAGGCUGGCACUGCCCGUACUAGCUGCCCUGGCGCCGACACAGGUAACAUACAGUGCCGCGACUGGCGCGGCUACUCACGCACGCGCCCAGGCUGGCACUGCCCGUACUAGCUGCCCUGGCGCCGACACAGGUAACAUACAGUGCCGCGACUGGCGCGGCUACUCACGCACGCGCCCAGGCUGGCACUGCCCGUACUAGCUGCCCUGGCGCCGACACAGGUAACAUACAGUGCCGCGACUGGCGCGGCUACUCACGCACGCGCCCAGGCUGGCACUGCCCGUACUAGCUGCCCUGGCGCCGACACAGGUAACAUACAGUGCCGCGACUGGCGCGGCUACUCACGCACGCGCCCAGGCUGGCACUGCCCGUACUAGCUGCCCUGGCGCCGACACAGGUAACAUACAGUGCCGCGACUGGCGCGGCUACUCACGCACGCGCCCAGGCUGGCACUGCCCGUACUAGCUGCCCUGGCGCCGACACAGGUAACAUACAGUGCCGCGACUGGCGCGGCUACUCACGCACGCGCCCAGGCUGGCACUGCCCGUACUAGCUGCCCUGGCGCCGACACAGGUAACAUACAGUGCCGCGACUGGCGCGGCUACUCACGCACGCGCCCAGGCUGGCACUGCCCGUACUAGCUGCCCUGGCGCCGACACAGGUAACAUACAGUGCCGCGACUGGCGCGGCUACUCACGCACGCGCCCAGGCUGGCACUGCCCGUACUAGCUGCCCUGGCGCCGACACAGGUAACAUACAGUGCCGCGACUGGCGCGGCUACUCACGCACGCGCCCAGGCUGGCACUGCCCGUACUAGCUGCCCUGGCGCCGACACAGGUAACAUACAGUGCCGCGACUGGCGCGGCUACUCACGCACGCGCCCAGGCUGGCACUGCCCGUACUAGCUGCCCUGGCGCCGACACAGGUAACAUACAGUGCCGCGACUGGCGCGGCUACUCACGCACGCGCCCAGGCUGGCACUGCCCGUACUAGCUGCCCUGGCGCCGACACAGGUAACAUACAGUGCCGCGACUGGCGCGGCUACUCACGCACGCGCCCAGGCUGGCACUGCCCGUACUAGCUGCCCUGGCGCCGACACAGGUAACAUACAGUGCCGCGACUGGCGCGGCUACUCACGCACGCGCCCAGGCUGGCACUGCCCGUACUAGCUGCCCUGGCGCCGACACAGGUAACAUACAGUGCCGCGACUGGCGCGGCUACUCACGCACGCGCCCAGGCUGGCACUGCCCGUACUAGCUGCCCUGGCGCCGACACAGGUAACAUACAGUGCCGCGACUGGCGCGGCUACUCACGCACGCGCCCAGGCUGGCACUGCCCGUACUAGCUGCCCUGGCGCCGACACAGGUAACAUACAGUGCCGCGACUGGCGCGGCUACUCACGCACGCGCCCAGGCUGGCACUGCCCGUACUAGCUGCCCUGGCGCCGACACAGGUAACAUACAGUGCCGCGACUGGCGCGGCUACUCACGCACGCGCCCAGGCUGGCACUGCCCGUACUAGCUGCCCUGGCGCCGACACAGGUAACAUACAGUGCCGCGACUGGCGCGGCUACUCACGCACGCGCCCAGGCUGGCACUGCCCGUACUAGCUGCCCUGGCGCCGACACAGGUAACAUACAGUGCCGCGACUGGCGCGGCUACUCACGCACGCGCCCAGGCUGGCACUGCCCGUACUAGCUGCCCUGGCGCCGACACAGGUAACAUACAGUGCCGCGACUGGCGCGGCUACUCACGCACGCGCCCAGGCUGGCACUGCCCGUACUAGCUGCCCUGGCGCCGACACAGGUAACAUACAGUGCCGCGACUGGCGCGGCUACUCACGCACGCGCCCAGGCUGGCACUGCCCGUACUAGCUGCCCUGGCGCCGAC